AUGGCUUCAGUUGUCGCUCCUCAAUCGAUCUGCAACUCGGACAACGACGGCAUCUCUUCCGGCGGCGACCUGCGCUGCACCGUUUCGCUCAUCGAAGACCUCGCCGCCGGCGCCGAGGCCACCAUCAACUCCGUCUACGCGCUUCUCUGCCGUUCCGCCGAUCAUUCGUCGGAGGAUGGAGAUGAUCUCUUGGCCAAUAAGGGCUUCUGCUGCUGCCCGUACGAUCCCAGACACCGAAUGCCGCCGGAGUCUCUCUUCCGUCACUGGCUCCGCUGCCCCUCCGCCCCUGGAGGCCCGGUUCCCGACCAAGGGUUCGUGGAGACGAUGUACUACCCCAGCACGUUCAAGUCCGGGGAAGAACUCCGGAGGGAGAAUCAGUUCGUCCGCCCUCUCCCCGAAUCCGGGGCCGACCUAUGCUUCUCUCUUGAGAAGGAGCUGGAAGACGUCGGCGGCUCCAGUUUCUUCUACAGGGACUGCCCCGGCGUUGUAACAUGCCCAGAACCCGAUGUAUCUGCCCGGACCUUCACACUCCCAAGAGUCCUGUCUGCGCAGUGCGCCAAUUUCAUUUCUGGCAAUAGUAUGUUGGAAAAUGGGAUCUCGCAUAGGCGAAGUGUCCGUAUUUUACCGUCGGAAUUUUGGGCUUUCAGGAAGGAACUAGAAGCAUGGAGGGACUACCCAGAGAGGUACACGUACGUGGCUGCUCAGGUUGCCUCAUGCCUAGGGGAGGCUAGGGAUUGCGGCUUUAGAAAGUGGAUCGUAUCGAUCUCUCCUCGUUUUGGCAUCGUGAUUGAUACGGCGAUGAGUGAUCAUUUAUUUCUACUUUUGAAGCUUUGCUUGAAAGCAGUUUGGCGGGAGGCUCUUGCUUCUCUCGACCUUCUUGCAGGCAACAAUGGAUGUCUUGAUCCAAGAUCUCUCUAUCUCAAGUGCCCAUGCCUUUCUCAAACGUUAGGCUGGCUGGCAUCGCAGCUGAGCAUUCUCUAUGGGGAAAGAAAUGCCAAGAGCCUUGCCAUCAGCAUGAUCGCAGAAUCUCUGACGCGUGCUGGCUCCAGAUUCUUAUUGUUCCAUUUGGAUAAAUGGAGCACUUCAGCGGAAAUUCGUGGGUUACGAGAGGAAACUCAUGGAAGCAAAUUAGAUGUCAAUGCUGGUGAGAGAGAUGCAGAGUCAGUUUCUUCCAAAGACAAUGGAUGUGCUAGUGAUCUUGAGAAGCUGUGCUCGGGACAAGUUUUCGUGUCACAGAUUGCUGCUGCAGUGGCUGCAUUACAUGAAAGAGCCCUGUUAGAAGACAGGGUUAACCAAUUGCGACUCCCUAAGCCACUUUCGAAGCAUCAGCUGUAUGUGUUCUCAAACUACGCAGUAAUCAGUCUUAUUAAUUCAUUAUCUUGGCUUUUUUUCAUAUGUAUCCCUUAUUUAUCAGUGAUUUUGUAAACUAUCGGCAAUUUUUCCUGGACAAGAAGUCGUUAUUUUAACACCCAUAGGUUAGGCUCAGAAUAUUUGCAUGAAUAUUCAUCAAACAUGCGCCAGUGAUUUUUUCUGUGUUCUUUUUUAAAAGCAUGCACAGAAACAAAUGAACUGCAGACAUAAGAUUUUAUAUUAUCAAUAUGGCAGUUGCUGUAGGAUCCAUUCUCUGACCCCUGCACUGGAGCGACUGUUUUAUCCCCUGUAGAUGUGUAUUUUGUGCAGUAUGGGUUCUCUGAACCGUUAUCAGAGAUGUCAGAACGCAAAUCAUCUAAAAGAAAUCAGAUGUUUUAUCAGAAAUGCUUUGGGUACUAAUACAGAAAGCCGAUCAGAAAAAAAACUAUAAAGGCCUGUGUCAUGCCUAUGAUGUAUGACUGAAGUCCUUAUCUGCCAAAGAUUUAUUGAUGUUAUAAGUAAAAUUUUGACUUUUUUCAUUUUGUCUUUCUUAUGUUAUGUUCCUGACUUCUUCUCGCAGACUAUAUGAGCUUUCAAAUGUAUCAACGAGGGCCCAGGAAGAGCGUGCAAGACGCCCUAAUUACAGACCUAUAUUGGACAAUGACGGUCUUCUUUGGAAGAAAACGCAUAACCAGGUAUGUGAUAGACACGAAGACAGUAAUCUCACGGAUGAAAUUUGUUAGAUUAGAGAAAAGGUGCCAAAACUUGUCUCGUCAUUAUAGUUCAAAAAAUUUAUUUCUUGAGGUUUCUACUGAUCAGAUCAGUACCGACCUUGGUUUUUUUUUUAAUCUUGAGCUUAUGUUGAAUUCCAUACCAGAGUGAUCACGUCAUGAUGGGGUGUUUGCUUCUAUGUUAUUUCUUACGUGAAUUUUCAGUUAUUAGGUCAGUAUCCAUGUUGGGAUCAUCUUACCAGGAGGAGAAGCAAAACAGAACACUGCUAUGAAUCCCCCAAGCCCCAUAUAAUAUAAGCUCACGAACUUCCAACGGGCUCCCCAUCAAUACCCACGAAAUAAUGAAAGACAGCAUUGUUGUCAUCACUGUAACUAUCAUAUUCCAUAAUUCUUCACUGUACUCUUUUUUGGUACCCUUGAAAUGGGGAAAAAAGUAAAAAGUUUAUUCAAUUACAGCCUAGGGUUCUGGAUCCCCCGAAAUUUCGGGAAAACAGGGGAUUUUGGCAUUCAUAUUUAAUACAUGCGUCCAUGAGGAAGGACGCACCGUUAAAGUACUUCUUGCAUUAUGUGAUACCGCGUGUCUUUCUAAUGCACCAGUCAUAGUGCUGACUGAAGGUCAUCCGUUUACGUUUUCAUAUUAUCCGUUUACUUUUUCCCAUUCGUGCCUUUUUUGCAUCUUGUAUGGAUAUGAUGUGAAAUGUAAGGUCGGAAAUGUUUUGCCAGCAUCACCUACAGCAUUAUUUUUACUAUAGAAAAUUGCUUUCUGUGUUGAAAGUUGGUAUGUUUUUUCAUUAUUCAGAUCAUUUACAUUUUAUCAUAUUUCUAAAUAAAGGACAUGACAAAGAUGAAAACUAGAGAAGAGCUCUUGGCUGAGGAACGAGAUUAUAAACGUAGAAGAAUGUCCUACCGUGGCAGGAAAGUUAAGCGAACAACAACUCAGGUUUGUUAAAGGUUCUUUCCUGUUGAAUCCUUGACUCUACUUUGAAGGAAUCUAAGGCUCUUCACAACAGCUUUGUGUACAAUACUCUUUUUUGAUAAUUCAUUUUUUUACAUCUGCUUGAUGGUUUUUUUUCUUUUUCAAGUAGCAUUGAACCACUUGUAUUUGUGGUCUUGUUACACCUUUAGUCACUGUACUUGUUCUUAUGAUACGUGAGUAGGGCUCAGUCACUCAAUUAUAUAUAAAUUUUCAUUUGACUGUCAUGUACUAAAUUUUCUUUUCACACACGUUUGUAAUGUUAAAUAUCAGGUUUUGGAGUUUAUAUAAUAGUUAAUUUGCUUCUUAUUUCAUACUUGAAAGGUAAUACGUGACAUAAUUGAAGGACACAUGCAAGAAAUCACAGACGCAGGUGGAAUUGGAUGUCACGUUAAAGGAUCUGCAGAUUCGGAGAUGCCCAGUUCUAGAUCUAGUCAUGAGGUCGAGGCAGCUGCAGAAGAUGUGGCCAGAUAUGAAUCUGAGCCAUCUGGAGUUAGUGUGAGAGACUCAACUGUCGACAAAAAGGCACGUUACUUGGAGUUUGAUCUCACUGCUGGCAUGGCGGAGGAUGCUCGUCACAGAGAUAGAUGUAUCACCCAGGCCAGUAGACACAUAGUCCAUGGAAAUCAGGUGAAUUCUGGGAGAAGCUUUUGUGUAGGUGAACGUACAGAUUAUGAACAUGAAAGGUCUACGAAAUACACAAGUCACAGGCGGUCACAUGAUCGGCGCUCACAUCAGAGGGAACAAGGUGCACAGGAAGUUAGUGGAAGAAAGUAUGAGAGAAGACCUUCCUUUUCUUCUUAUUCAUUCAAGGACCAUUCCGAUAGUUCAUCCUUGUCCUCAAGCUCUAUAAUCAACGAAGAAUUCAGUAACAUGUCCGAGAGAAGAAACCAGACUAGAGGCAGAAGUCGUGACCUCCGCAGGUCUGAGCCAGUGUCAGAGACCACAUUUGAGGACAGAUAUGACCCUUUUGACACGUGUGGAUGA